AAAAAGCUAGAUUCUUACAGAGAAUCAAGUAAUUCCCCAGAAAUGGGAUCUAGGGUUCCAAUAGAAACCAUCGAAGAAGACGAAGAGUUCGAUUGGGAAGCAGCAGUCAAAGAAAUCGACUUGGCUUGUCUUAAAACCUCAAAUCAUUCUUCUUCGUCUCAUUUCACUCCUUUGGCUCAUCCACCAAUUACUGGAAAUGUCACUAAGCCUCCUGCGAAAAGACAAUCUACUCUCGAUAAAUUCAUCGGAAGAACCGAGCAUAAACCGGAGAAUCAAGCUGUUUCCGAGUCGAAUUUUGAUGAAUUUGAGUGUGCUGGUGGUAACGAUAAGAGUCCAUUAGUUGGGAUUGAUCCUGAGGCUGCUAAAACUUGGAUUUAUCCAGUGAAUGGGAGUGUUCCUCUUAGAGAUUAUCAGUUUGCUAUAACGAAGACUGCUUUGUUUUCGAAUACAUUGGUGGCUCUGCCGACCGGACUUGGUAAAACGCUCAUAGCCGCGGUUGUUAUGUAUAAUUACUUCAGAUGGUUUCCAGAAGGUAAAAUUGUAUUUGCGGCGCCUUCUAGGCCUCUUGUGAUGCAGCAGAUUGAGGCGUGUCAUAAUAUUGUGGGAAUACCACAAGAAUGGACUAUUGACUUGACGGGUCAGACAUGCCCUUCGAAAAGAGCCUUCUUGUGGAAAAGCAAACGGGUUUUCUUUGUCACUCCACAAGUGUUAGAGAAGGAUAUACAGUCAGGAACAUGUCUUACUAACUACUUGGUUUGCUUGGUGAUCGACGAGGCACAUCGAGCUUUAGGGAAUUAUUCUUAUUGUGUUGUAGUUCGUGAGUUGAUGGCGGUACCAGUACAAUUGAGAAUACUGGCUCUUACUGCAACUCCUGGAUCAAAGACACUGGCCAUCCAGGGUAUCAUUGAUAAUUUGCAGAUAUCCACACUUGAAUAUCGAAAUGAGAGUGACCAUGAUGUUUGCCCUUAUGUCCACGACAGAAAAUUAGAACUAAUCGAGGUUCCGUUGGGUCAAGAUGCAGAUGAUGUUUCGAAACGCCUGUUAGAUGUUAUACGUCCAUAUGCAGUCAGGCUUAAAAACUUUGGGGUUAAUCUAAAUAGAGAUAUACAAACUUUAAGUCCACACGAAGUACUUAUGGCAAGGGAUAAGUUUCGUCAAGCACCUCUCCCAGGCCUUCCCCAUGUAAAUCACGGAGAUGUAGAAUCUUGCUUUUCAGCUCUUAUCACUCUUUAUCAUAUUCGUAAGCUCCUUUCUAGUCAUGGAAUAAGACCAGCAUAUGAGAUGCUAGAAGAGAAAUUGAAAGAAGGGCCAUUUGCUAGGUUGAUGAGUAAGAAUGAAAAUAUUAUGAAGACGAAGCUUUUGAUGCAGCAAAGGUUGUCACAUGGAGCACCAAGCCCAAAAUUGUCGAAGAUGUUAGAAAUACUAGUUGAUCAUUUCAAAGUGAGAGAUCCAAGCACAUCACGGGUCAUUAUUUUCUCAAAUUUCAGAGGAAGCGUAAGAGACAUAAUGAACGCAUUAAGUAAUAUUGGAGAUAUGGUCAAAGCAACUGAGUUUAUUGGUCAAAGUUCAGGUAAGACACUGAAAGGGCAGUCGCAAAAAGUUCAGCAGGCUGUUUUGGAGAAAUUUAGAGCUGGGGGGUUCAAUGUUAUUGUCGCUACAUCUAUUGGUGAAGAAGGCUUGGAUAUCAUGGAAGUUGACCUAGUUAUAUGUUUUGAUGCUAAUGUAUCCCCUCUGAGGAUGAUUCAACGCAUGGGAAGAACCGGAAGGAAAAAUAAUGGUCGACCUUUACUAGUUCUUGCUUGUGAAGGAUCAGAAAAGAACAGCUAUAUGCGAAAGCAAGCAAGUGGACGGGCCAUUAAAAAACACAUGCGGAAUGGAGGAACAAAUAGUUUUAAUUUUCAUCCUAGUCCAAGGAUGAUUCCCCAUGUUUAUAAGCCAGAAGUUCAGCAUGUUGAGUUUUCAAUCAAGCAAUUCAUUCCACGUGGAACGAAACUACAAGAUGAGUAUGCCACUGAGACUCCAGCUUUCAAGAAAAAGCUUACAUCUGCAGAAAUGGAUAUGCUCGCUAAGUAUUACAACAACCCCGAUGAGGAAAUGUUGAGAGUGUCCUUAAUUGCGUUCCCUCACUUCCAGACAUUGCCAUCCAAAGUUCACAAAGUAAUGCAUUCACGUCAAACAGGCAUGUUAAUUGACGCUAUGCAGCAUUUGCAAGAGCCAACUUUUUCAGAGCAGAGUAAAAGUUUCUUCACUGAGUUGGGAGCUCCUUUGGGUGAAAGAGAAGAGCUUGAUACAGGUUUGAGGGUUACUAAUGAUCCAAAAGAUUUACACUGUGUCCGUGAGUUGGAAGUCAACACAUCACAGAAAAAGGCAAAACAAGUUGAAUCUCCCACAAGCACCUUAGAGACUACAGAGAAAGAUUACGAAGAAUCUUCACCCACGCACCGUUAUCUUUUCAGUUCAGAAUGUGCAGCCGUUGAUACUUUGGGGAAGGUCUUCGUAAUGCCAGUUCCUCUUUCAUUCUUUUCUAAUGUUCUGGAGUCAGACAAUAUGCCUCUGCCUAAAACAGAAAAACAACAUUCUUGCCAGAAUAUUUCCCACAUUGAUUCAGUUCUGAUAGAUACUCCGGCAAAACAUCGGCAAGAUAAUAUUUCAGACACGUUAAAAGAAAGAUUCUCGCCAGACGGUGCCAACAAGACACUAGAGACUCAUAGCCAUGUGAAAAGGCACUCCACCAGUGUAGGUCAAGAAGAUGUUGGGAAUUCUGUUGGAGAAAUUGUGUUAUCAUCGGAUGAAGACGACUGGGAGGGCUUGGAGCUUAGUCCAAGACUCACUAAUUUCAUCAAGAGUGGCGUUGUUCCAGAGUCACCUGUCUAUGACCAAGGAGUUGCAAAUGAAGCAAACAGAGAAGACCUUGAUUUUCCUCAGGUUUCUUCAUCCAUGAGGUUAAGUAACGAAUUGGCAGGAGAGCCUUCUUCCCCUGAGACAAAGGUUCAGCAUAAACGCAACGAUUAUAACAUUGCGUCUACAACCAAUGAAUUGAGAACUCCUCAGAAGGAGGUAGGUUUGGCCAACGGAACAGAAUGCUUGGCUGUUUCUCCCAUUCCUGAGGAGUGGAGAACUCCCUUGGCUAAUCUCACAAACACAAACAGCAGCGCUAGCAAAGAUUGGCGGGUGAGUUCUGGAGAAAAGUCAGAAACUAUUCGACAGCCUCGAAAGUUGAAGAGACUACGUAGACUUGGCGAUUGCUCGAGUGCUGUUAAGGAGAAUAAUCCUGGUAUUAAAGAGGCAGACCAUAUCAGAUCUCGUUCUCGACGUAAAAAGCUCAUUAGAGGUAAGAAGAAGAUGAUCAUGGAUGAUGAUGUCCAAGUCUUCAUUGACGAAGAAGCUGAGGUCUCUUCGGGAGCAGAAAUGUCGGCUGAUGAGAACGAAGAUGUGACUGGCGAUUCAUUUGAAGAUAGUUUCAUAGAUGACGGGACACUGCCUACAGCAAAUACUCAAGCCGAGUCUGGUAAAGUUGACAUGAUGGCUGUUUACAGACGUUCUCUUCUCAGCCAGUCACCAUUACCGGCGAGGUUUCGUGAUUUAGCCGCAUCAAGUCCGAGUCCCUAUUCUGCUGGACCCUUGAAGAGAAUAAAUGAGAGCAGAAGCGACUCAGAUAAAUCAUUGUCCUCGUCUCUUCGAACCCCACAAACAACAAACUCUGAGUCAAACCAAGAUGCAAUGGUCAUAGGAGACUUUUCGGUAGUACAAAUCUCAUCAGAGAGCCGGAAAAGAAAAUUCAACUUAUGCAACUCGGGGAAUGCCCCCGUGAUUAACUUAGAAAGCAAGUUUGCAGCACAAACCACAGAGAAGGAAAGCCAUGAAGGCGUGAGAAGCAAUGCAGGUGCAUUAGAGUACAAUGAUGGUGUCGACGAUGAUGAUGAUGCAUUCUUCGCGACACUAGACUUUGAUGCCAUGGAAGCACAAGCCACAUUGUUAUUGUCGAAACAGAGGUCAGAAGCAAAAGAGAAGGAAGAUGCAGCAACGGUUAUAGCAAAUCCAGGCAUGCAGAGGAGUGAUGGUGUGGAGAAAGAUGCGCCAUCUUUUGAUCUUGGUCUGUGGUGAUUCUUCUUCUAAUACGAAGAUACUAAGUUAUGUGUAUAGAUUGACAAAGGAGACAGUAGAGCAUAGACAUUUGGAUGUAUGUUUGGUGUAUUAAGUUUAUGUAUAUCCUAAUGAAGUACAGUCCUUAAA